CCACCAUAUAUGGGCUUGAAGUUUGCACAUGCAUCAGACACCAUAUGCUUAACAAAAACAAAUGGGGGUCACCGGGAUUCAAACAGAAGACCUCUCAGUCAUAGAAGGGUCUGAUACCAUGUCAAGAACUAGUUGGUCCCAAUAAGUCGAGUUGUUGUGAGAGGUUCACUCGUGGAUCAUAUACCAUUUUCUAACAGAUGUGUAUUCUAAUUACUAAUAAUUGAUAAUAAUUCUUACUUGUUUUCUCUUGUAUUGUAGUUGGUGGUGAAGAAGAUGAAGAGGAGAGUUCUAGAAUGCAAACUUUUCUACAUUUGAUGUUGUUUGAAGAUAUAGAUUUGAUUACAAGUUUAGAAUCACAGUAGUAGUUUCUAGUUUGAGUUUUGUAGUUUGUGAACGUUGUUGUUUUGCAAUUGUUUCUAAACAUGCACCUAGAUGAUUAUAUGGUUGAUUAGAUAUUAUGUUAACCUACCACUUCCACUUGUUAUCCGGUACAUUCUAGAACGAUACCCUAAUUCAGUCGGUACGAUUUUUUUUUACAAACAAUUUCAUUCCAAAGAAAGUAUCUUACUGGUACGAAAAGGUUGAACCACGAUCGUCACAAAAAUACCCACCUUGCAAUGAGUCGCAUACAACUUCCGGUGCGAUUUCACGUCCAGCCGUAAAGUAACUUGUUGAAGGAGCUGUGAUUACUUAGCAGGGAGGCAAUGUGGUGAGAGGAGGCGGGAAAAGGAAUAUGCCGUUUUUGCCCUUAUUGGUCUUACGAGUAAGAUAAGCAUCUGCUGACUUGUCCCCCAUGUGCCCUUAGAACUUUCAUAAUUGCUCUUGCCAACUAUUCCCAGCCAGCCACUUCACAUAUAUGUAUUCUUUUAUUAUUUAAUUAAUUACAUCCCAGAUCAAAUGCAUUUAGAUGGUAGAUCAAAGUGCUUAACAUUGAGAUUAACCAACCUUUUUGGCUCUUCCCUUUUAACUUUAAUCUUUAUGCUUACUUUUUUAAUAAACAAAGAACUGAUUACCGUGACAAUUGUGCUUUUUUUGUUCUUCAAGGGGCAUUUCCGUCCAGCCCAGAAAAGAGCCGCCUAAAAUCUCACGUUCCAGACAAACAAAUCCAUCUUUUUGCCGAAUUUCCCAUACCACCCUUCUGUAAUGUAACGCACGACGCCGGCGCACGGCUCGAAGUGCGGGGGCAAAACGGUAAUCAAACACCAGAGCUUCGGACCGUUCGCUUGUGGGGCCGACCAAUAAAGGCAUAUUUUUAGAUAAACCGGAAAAAUAAAACAAAAAGAAAAAAAAAUGACCACCCACAAAACAAGAGGAAGAGCGAGAAAGAAAGCAAGAAAGAGCGAGAGAAAGUUCGUUUGGAGACGUUACCGGACUCCAAACUCCACACUACGGCGGAAUUUGGGAACUCGGUUCACGUCCGGUCAAGGGUUUCCUCCUCCUCCUUCUCCCUCGCCGGCGGCUCAGCAGUAAGCAUACGUCACUCGCAGGCCUUCACCGGACUGAAUUGGUUCUCCUUGCCGGCGGAAAGUUGAAGAGGAGAAUAGGUUUGUGGCUUUCAAUUUCUGCCGGCUGUGCAACGAAAUUCAGUUGACUUACACGGCCGAAACUGUGGAUGUGAGAUUUCGUCAUGUCCUCGUCUACACCGCAGAGGAAGGCCUGGUCCGUUUGGUCGCUCACUCCGCGGAGGGAGGCGCAGAAAUCUGCCGGCGGGAUUUUGCAUCAGGCUCCCGAUUCCAAUGGCACGCCUGCUUCGAAUCCAGGAGACGGGAGCCGUUUGAAAGGGAAGGGGCUGCUUUUUGACGAAGCUGCUUCUCCCAAUGGCUUGGGCCGUGCUUUGGAUACUCAAGAUUUGGCUGCCAAGAUUUCCAGGCUCGAGAAUGAGUUAUUUGAAUAUAGUAUGGAGCUUCUUUUAGUUGAAAAGAAGGAUUGGAAUGCUAAAGCGGACCAACUCAAGCAAGCAUUGGCUGAUGUGAAGGAUGCACUGAACCGGGAGCAAGCAACACACAUGGUUUCAGUGUCUGAUGCUGAGAAGCGAGAAGAGAAUUUGAGGAAGGCGUUGGGGGUUGAAAAACAGUGUGUACUUGACCUGGAGAAGUCUGUGCAGGAGAUGCGAUAUGAAAAUGCUGAAAUUAAGUUCACUGCUGAUUCAAAGUUGGCUGAAGCCAAUGCAUUGAUGAGUAGUGUUGAAGAAAGAUCUCUUGAGGUUGAGGCAAAGCUGCGGUCAGUUGACGCUAGGCUGGCAGAAGUGAACAGAAAGAGUUCAGAGCUGGAGAGGAAAUCACAAGAGGUUGAGACCCGAGAAAGUGCAGUACGAAGGGAUCGUUUAUCCUUGAUUGCAGAGAAAGAAUCACACGAAGAAGCUCUAUCUAAGCAAAGAGAGGACUUGCGAGAAUGGGAGAGAAAAUUACAAGAGGAUGAAGAGAGGCUAUCAAAGGGUCUGAGAAUCGUCAAUCAAAGAGAAGAAAGGGCAAAUGAGAAUGAUAGAGUCUCCAAGCAAAAGGAGAAGGACUUUGAGGAGGCACAAAAGAAGUUAGAUGAAGCAAAUUCAGAUUUGAAAAGGAAAGAAGAUGACAUAACUAGUCGCCUUGCUAAUCUGAAUUUUAGGGAAAAGGAGUUUGAUGCUACUAAAAAUAGGUUGCAAUUGAAAGAGGAGGAGUUACGUGCCCUUGAAGAGAAGUUGAACGAGAGAGAGAAACUGGAGAUUCAGAAGCUGCAUGAGGAACAUCAAGCUAUUCUGGAUGCCAAAAGUUCCGAAUUCGAGCUGGAAGCGGAGCAAAGGAGGAAGUCCUUGGAUGAGGAGUUGAAGAGCAAGGUAGUUGAGUUGGAGAGAAAGGAAGCUGAAGUCCAGCAUUGGGAGGCUAAAGUUGCCAAAAGGGAGCAGGCUUUGGAAAAGAGACUGGAGAAGAUAAAAGAGAAAGAAAAGGAAUUUGAAUCCAAAUCAAAAUCUCUCAAGGAAAGGGAGAAGACCAUCAAAUCUGAGGAGAAGAACUUGAUGAUAGAGAAAAAACAACUGCAUUCUGAUGAGGAAGAACUUAAAAACCUGAAAGCUGAGCUUGAGAAUUUAACGGCUGCUAAUGAGCAGCAGCUCCUGAAGAUUCAUGAAGAGAAAGAGCAACUCCAGAUAAGUCAAGAUGAGAGGUUUGAGUUUGUUCGUCUGCAAUCUGAACUUAAAGAGGAAACAGAAAAGUGCAGAUUUAGGGAAGAGGUGCUUUUGAAGGAGGCUGAAGAUUUAAAGCAGCUGAAGGAGAACUUUGAGAGGGAGUGGCUGGAAUUGGAUGGUAAGAAGGCUGAGAUUGAAAGAGAGCUUAAAAUCAUUGGCGAGCAGAAAGAAAAGUUUGAGAAGCAAAGGCAAUUGGAGGAGGAAAAGAUUAAGCACGAGAGACAGGCUACAGAAGAUUACAUCAAAAGGGAGUUUGAAACUCUUGAAUUAGCGAAAGAGUCAUUUAAGGCCAAGAUGGAGCAGGAACAGUCAAUUAUGUCAGAGAAAGCGCAGAGCGACAGAAACAUAAUGCUGAAUGAGAUUGAGCUACUGAAGAGUGAAACUGAGAACAGCUUGCAGAAGAAGCAGGAAGAAACGAACAGACAUCUGCAGGAGAAGGAGAGAUUGUUUGAGGAGGAGAAACAGAGAGAAAUGGAAAAUCUCAAUUACUUGAAAGAUGUGGUUAGAAGAGAGAUGGAUGAACUGAAGAUGGAGAGAUCAAGAAUAGAAAAGGACAGGCUAGAGCUUGCUGAAAACAAGAAGCAUCUGGAGGAGCAACAACAUGAAAUACGAGAAGAUAUAGAUAGACUUGGGGAUAUUAGCAGGAAGCUCAAGGAACACAGGGAAGUAUUUGUUAAAGAGAAAGAGCGCUUCAUCGCCUUUGUCGAGCAGCACAAGGACUGUAAAAACUGUGGUGAAGUGACAUCCCAGUUUGUUCUUUCCGACUUAAUCGCUUCCCAAGAAAUUGAGAAUGCCAAUAUCUUGUCUGCUUCAAAACUGGCAGCGUCAGGAGCUGGAAAUUGUAAAAACUCAGAAGCCUCUGAAAGAAGAGAGGCUGAGAAAUCUCACAUGGUGCCCAGAAGCUACACAGUAUCUCCAGCUUCUUGGCUCCAGAAGUGCACAACUAAAAUAUUCAACUUCUCCCCACUCAAACGGAUAGAGCUUGUAAGAGACUUGGCUGAUGUAGCAGAACCAUCAAACAGAGUGGAUAUCUUUGAAGAUGAGCAAGAAAUAUCUUUGGCUUAUGGAAAUGACUCACUUGGCGACCAGAGGGCACAGUAUGAUGGUACUGGAGAGGCUACUGCAGCAAUGCAAGAUCUGUCAGCAGAUGGCCAAAGCGAUGUUAACAGCAUGUCAUUGCAGCCUCCUCAAGAGAUCUCGGAGUCUUCGGGUCUGAAGCGUGGACAGGGUCCCAAUAAAAGAAGAGUGAAUGUCCGCAGAACACGCGCUGUCAAAGCUGUUGCACAAGAUGCCAAAGCAGUUAUUGGAGAGGCCUUGGAAUCAAAUUUGGUCGCCGAAGACUCUGAUAUUUUGGCAUCUGAAAGCCAUCAGGAAUCUAGCCAUGCUGAUAAGGGAACUCAAAGAAAGGGGAAAAAGAGGGGCCGAGGACAAGCUUCUCAGACCACAACAAUUGAACGUGAUGGCAAUGAGAGUGAGGGGCAUUCUGGUAGCACUGCGGCUGGAAAACGCAGGAAGCGUCAGCAGAAAUCGAGUACCGUGCAAGCUCCAGGGGAAGCUAGAUAUAAUCUCAGACGAUCAAAACUCAGGGCAGCUGUUGUAGAUGCCAAAACUUCUUCUGACCUCAAAGAUAAUAACAAGAAAGAGGAUGACGGUGUAAUUAGUUCCAAUGAUGGAGAUAUGUUGAGAAGUCAUGCAGAUAUGCCAGCAGGAGGUGACGGUGAAAAUGGGACAACCAGACACUCUGCUGUGCCAGUACCAGCUGAGGAAGUUGCAGAAGAACACAAUGAGAGGCAGGGCAAUCCAGAUGUAAAUGUGGCGAUGAGCGAGGAGGUAAACGGGACCGCGGAAAUGGAGAUGGAACAAGGGUAUGCAACUGAAUCCCGUAGAGAAAGUGAAGAUCGGGACGAGAAGGAAGACGACUGCGACGACGAAGAAGAGUCGCUUCAUCCUGGCGAAGCCUCCAUAGGGAAGAAACUGUGGACUUUCUUGACGACGUGAUAUGACCGUAGCCAAAGCAGAGCAGGUUGAAGGACGUCUUUGAUUGUUUGUCCUAGUAUAUAGUUAGGACUCCCUUUCUUUUCUUUUCUUUUCUUCUUCUGGGUUUGUGGCGUGUAAGUUAAAAGGUGUAGACAAAUUAGCGUUCAGGUAAAUCAGGGCGUAAAAAAAGGGAUAUGUGUUUUGUUUCAUCCCUUGUUUGUUUGUUUGAUUGACUACCACUUAGGGGAUAUUGAAUUUCGGAGCUGUUGUGUAUUGAAAACUGAUCGACACGGGAACAAUAGGAGUCAAUCAUCUGAUCUUUGGAUGGAUCAGAUUCAGUUCAUAUUCAAGACUGCACUAUGGUCUGUUGAUGUCUCCUAAUUGAUUCGAUUGUUGUACCAGAUUGUGGUUUUCGCUUCAACAUUCUCUUGAUCGAUUUGCUUGAACUCACCUAUGCUGUAGAAAGGAAGGAAAUAAUUUGGUAUUUGGUCUGUUACCAAUACCGAAUCAAAAUAUAUGAAAUUGAGAUAU